CCAGAGAGAUUCCUUGCCAGCCCACUGUGGUGGUCCCUCAGUGAAAAUGUGGAAGAGAUUUCCAAAGACAUGCCAUGGCAGGCUGCUGAUGUGGAACAGUGCAGUUCCUUUUCAGACAUCAUACUAGAGAGGAACUUCAGCAGCUCCAUCGCACUGAUUGUCAUGAUGCCACCCCUCAUUGUUGUUCUGAUGGUGGCUGCUUUGUCAGCAGAAGUCCACACCAGCAUCAGUUUGAAAUCCACCUUCUACAGACAAGACCAGGCAAUACUCAAAAUCCUGAGAGAUUUAAGCCAUGCAUCAACAGUGCAGUCAGCAAAAAGUUCUGGGAAUUCACUUGCGGAAAUCCAUUCAGCUGAUGGAAUAUUUCCCAGGCCAGGAUGGUGGAUUGCAAAGAUGGUCUUCCCCCAAAAUAUAAAGAAACGCCAAGAUUUGUCCUCAUACAAUCUCAACUCCUAUGGUCUACGUUAUGGAAAAUGACACAACACCUGAUUGCUUUGUUCUUGUCUAUGUUAGAUCUGAUAUUGUCAUUGAUUUCAAUUUGUACAUUUAUAGUUGGUAAAAAGAAAAUAUCGUUAAUAAAGGCUCCAAAAAAAUUCCUUUUAAGAUUAUUAAAGGUCUGUUGUCUUUGUUGGAUCCUCUACAGAAGAGAGAAGGAAUGUAAACAUUGAACCCUAAAACUACAUUCAAGCACACGUUACAAACCAGAAGUUCAGAAUUUGCAAGACAUGGUUCACGAAAUGAUCUUGACAUAACUACUGUGGUGAUUGUGUGCAGUGCAACAAAAUGGUCAACUUUGCUUAUGCACGCACACAGCAAUACAGCAAUGGUAACAUUUGGUUAAAUGUCCUUUGGCCAUUUUCACCUCAGCUAGGUGCUUUUGGAAGCCAUCCACAAGUUUCUGGUUGUAUCUUUACCCACUUUUUUUUCACAGUAUUGGUCAAGUUCAACUAAAUAUGUUGGCUUUCUAAAACAGACCUGUUUCUUCAGCACAGGCCACAGAUUCUUGAUGGGAUUUAUGUCAGGACUUUUGGAAGACUUGUCAAAAACUUCAAUUCAAGCCUGAUGUUGCCAUUUCUUUACCACUUUAGAUGUGUUUUGGGGUCAUUGUCAAGGUGUUGAGACUCAGAUGACCAAUUUCAAAGCUGAUCUCACACAGUUUCUAGCAACAGUAUGUGCAAAUGUUGUAAAUAUAACUUCCUGUUACCAACAGGUGGCACUGUGGCUAUGACUAACUUUUUGAAUGUGAUUGUCUUCAGACCCAGACUCCUGUGCAGUAAAUGAAAUUUGGGCCACAUUGGAUAAUGUGUGGUUGAGACAUAAAAGUCUUCAGUUGUCAUGGUGAGACAGAAAUUUGCUGCACCACCACUGACACGCUGUUUGAUGAUGUCUCAACAUUUUCUCUGUGAAUCAUUAUAAAUGUAUUCAGAUUUAUGUCACCACAUUCGAGGUGAAUAUGGGCAACCGGCUAACAAUAGUACAUUAAAGUGUAAAACAUGUUAUUUCCUGUUGCCAGCAGGUGGCGCUAUGACUGUGAGUGGAUAUGGAUGUGAUCAGGGCAGGACUCUGAUCAAACAUGUAAAGUUUGAGGCAGAUUGGAGCAUGUUCAAGGUUAUUAGACAGCACUUCAAAGUGCAGGGGGUCGCCAUGGCCAUGCCUUUCUAGUUUUGCGGGAGAUUUUGAUAAUUUUUCAU